GCAAAGCUUCUAUAUUGGCUACUUCUCCUCGGAGUAUUACCAUAUCAGUCCCUUAACUAGGUACCUCCCUCCUAUCCGCGAAUUUCCUCUUAGAGUCAUGCAUCCGUCAAGAAUGUCCAAAAUUGGGUCGUUGUGGUGAGCGGGUACUCGAAUGCCCAACACCAUAAUCUUUUGCCCAUGGACGACUUUUGCCGAGCAAUCAGUUCAUCUUCUCCAGCUUCCAUUCAAGUUUGUGUCAUUCCCAAGGGUAUCGAAGCUGCUGUAGAUAAAGAGCACGAUGUCAUCUUCAAUGUCCUAGAGCCACUUAAGAUCCUACUCCUUAAAGCAGAAGUUCUCAAGAUACGAGAUGCCAAAGUAUCGGAACUACCUAACGUCUUCGAUUUUCCCGCAAGCUCACAAACCUGGGUCUCAUGUCUCGAUGAAGUGUCGGAAAUGGAGCAGAGACAGCUUUUGCAGAUCGUGGAAAGCAAUGCUCCCGUCGAGCACGGCUUCGAGAUGCACGCAGCUCUCUUGAAGUACUGCCAGUCCUUUGAGCGAUGUCCUCCGUUCAACAAUGACAUGGCUCUUUGGGAGGGUGAAGGGCAUGGGGAUCGUUUGGGUCGCAAAUACAACAAUCCCUAUAAGGGCACUGAAUACCAUUCGGUCGAGCGUGGUCUCCAGCGAGCCAAGAAUGCUGCUGAAGCAGACAACGACGUUCUAGCUUUUAAAGUACAUCGAGAAAAUGUUCUUAUGUAUCUCGAACGUCAAUAUGGAAAGAUCAACAACUGCUCCAAUGCUCUUCUUGACUUUAUAAAAGAAAAGAAACGACUUGGAUGUUUAUUCCAUCCUUACACCCGUCCUGUUGAGGACUCAAUUGAUUUGGAAAAACAAUUGUAUCAUGCCAAACUCUUGUUGGAUGACUACGCCAUGUCGUUUGAGCGCGAGGCCCCUACACCAAUUAAGAUCCAAAUUCUUCGGGAACAGCGUUUUGUCCACUUGCCAAAGCUCUAUGACGAAACCAACAGAGGCGUUGACGUUGCCAUCAGACGAUUCAACACAGCGAUCGACAAGAAAAACAACAAGAAGACUGUGUUACUCUUUCAGAAAGCAGUCGAUACGCUCGAUAAUCAGCUCAUCAGGAUCCGACAAGCCGGGAGAGAUUUAUUUGAGCAUGACCUUGAUAUCAGCAGCCGUGGUGUCGAUAUCCAUCCUUGUGACCCCUCUUCCAUCGAUCAUGUUGUCUGGGACGUGGAAGAACCAGAGAUUGGGCCCAAUUUGGCAAUAAUCUAACAGGCAACCCCUUAGCCGGUGGAGGAGACAGCAGCGAUAGCAGCGAUAGCAGCGAUGAAACAGAUGACCAAGAAGAUUCGGAUGAGGACACUACGAUGCAGGACGUAGAGUAAGAUGAUGGAGGUCGAGGGAUUAUUGAGGCUUAGAUACCG